UCGAACUGUGCCCAAUUCCUCGUGCCAGUCGAAGCCAGGCAGCCUGUCCCCAACGCAAUUUCAGCCCGAAAUGACAACGUAUAGUAUGUGGCGAUGUGGCACUGGGCCGCUGUCGCUAAUCCUCCUGCUGGUCGUGAUUUGUGCACGGGCAACGCCACUGCCAGGAGCACCAGCAGGAGCAGAAGCUGCAGCAGGAGCAGCUGUAGCUGCUGGAAUAGCGGAGCCGACCGCCAGCAUUGAAACGGCACUUGAGGUCCAGCAGCAGCAGCAGCAGUCGUCGCAUCGCAUUGACUGCAAAUUGACUUUCGAUGCGACAAUGGACUCGUUAGAGCAGCAGCAGCAGCAGCAGCACAAUGACUGCAACGUGCUGCAGCCAACAGGCAGCAGCACUAAUAAGCCAGCGGAUGCGGGCAGCGACCACGAGGACGACCACGAACAGGCGCAGGAUGGCGAACCGGAGUCGGCGAAUGUCCUGCGACACUCAAUGUCGGGCAGUCAGCCCCUUUAUGAAUUACAAGUGGUUGUUUGGCCAGCUGAUGUUGGGGCUGUUGAUGACAUUGCCACAACAACAAUGGGAACAACAGCAGCAACAACGAAGAGCACAACAACAACAACAACCACAGAGGCAGCACCAGGAAGCACCACAAUGGGAACAAAAACAACAACAGCAUCAACACCUACAAUGUUGCCUUUAUAUGAGGAUCAAUUGGUCGUAUUUCCGCAAAUGGAAUUUGAUGAGGAAAAUUUUGAUUAUUUCUUUGAUGAGCAGCAGCCAGGAGCUGCAUCCCCAACUACAUCCACAUCCCCAUCUCCAUCCUCAUCCGCAACAACGGCAAAGUCCACCCCAAGACCCGACCCGUCGCAGCAGGUUUAUGUGUUGGAAAACUAUCGCAUCAAGCACGCCAAUGGCACCGAGGAGCACAAAUUGGUGCUCAGCAAUGGGCUGGCCAACUACAUCAAGCUCUAUAGGAAAACCGUUGGCGACCGGCUGAUCAAUGUGCAGGAGGGCUAUCACUCGACUCCAGUCGCUGGGCAGAAGCCGCAGAUCCAGACGAUUUACUACAUUGCCGAUGAGCGCGGCUACAACAUCUACAAAAUUGAACAAGGCCCCCAAUCGACGGUGCGUCAGAUGGCCACGAAACCACCGAAGCCUAAGCCAAAUAUGUGAGAGUGUGCAGAUAUCAUUGCGUUGCACAGUGGGACG